UGUAGUUAUUAUCCGCGCAUGCGCCGUGUGUGUCUUUCCGUAAGUAAUCCAACAUGGCUGCGCUCGUGGGUAUCCGUGCAUGCCUCUCCGCGCUCCAGCUCUCCUCCCCGAGUCUCCUGCACAGCUCCUACAAACUGUGUGCCGUUCCUCUCAGUCGGAGGAAUUUCGCUGCAGAGGCAAAGAGGGUGUUCUCCCGCGACAAACCUCACGUGAACAUCGGUACCAUCGGUCACGUGGACCACGGGAAGACCACGCUCACCGCCGCCAUCACCAAAGUGCUUGCCGAGGCUGGGGGAGCACGCUAUAAGAAGUAUGAGGACAUUGAUAACGCUCCCGAGGAGAAAGCCAGAGGAAUCACAAUCAACGCCUCGCAUGUGGAGUACACAACCGCUAACAGGCACUAUGCUCACACCGACUGUCCCGGGCACGCUGACUACGUCAAGAACAUGAUCACGGGCACGGCUCAGCUGGACGGCUGUAUCCUGGUGGUGGCAGCGACCGACGGUCAGAUGCCGCAGACGCGUGAGCACCUGCUGCUGGCUCGGCAGAUCGGCGUGCAGCACGUGGUGGUGUACGUGAACAAAGCGGACGCCGUGGAUGACCCUGAACUCCUGCAACUGGUCGAACUCGAGAUCCGAGAGCUGCUCAGCGAGUUCGGCUACGACGGAGACAACACGCCCGUCAUCUGUGGCUCCGCUCUCUGCGCCUUGGAGAACCGGCAGCCUGAGCUGGGAGUGAACUCCAUAAUGAAGCUGUUGGAGGUGGUGGAUGAGUACAUCCCUCUACCCAGGAGAGAUCUGGAUAGACCCUUCCUGUUGCCCAUUGAGGGAGUCUACUCCAUACCAGGCCGGGGUACGGUGGUGACGGGCACUCUGGAGAGAGGAGUGAUUAAAAAAGGAGAUGAGUGUGAGUUUGUGGGACACAACCGCUCUGCCAAGUCAGUUGUCACAGGUAUCGAGAUGUUCCAUCAGUCUCUGGACCGUGCUGAGGCGGGGGAUAACCUGGGCGCGCUGGUGCGUGGUAUGAAGAGGGAGGACAUGAGGCGAGGUGUGGUGAUGUGUAAACCCGGCUCCGUCCAGCCUCAUCAGAAAAUCAAAGCUCAGGUGUACAUACUGAGUAAAGAGGAAGGCGGCAGACACAAGCCGUUCGUCACCAACUUCAUGCCCGUCAUGUUCUCUCUCACCUGGGACAUGGCCUGCAGGAUCCAGCUCCCCGAGGGCAAGGAGAUGGUGAUGCCGGGUGAAGACACGUCCCUCACUCUGACCCUCAGACAGCCCAUGGUGUUGGAGAAAGGUCAGAGGUUCACGCUGAGGGACGGGAACAAGACCAUCGGCACGGGGCUCGUCACCGACAUCCUGCCAACUACACCUGAAGACCAGCACAACUGGGGCUGAGACCGAGAGAGGAGGGGAGAGGAGGGGGAGGGUAGGCGGGGAAUCGGUGGGGCAGGGCAUGGGUGGGGCAGGAAGUCAUCCAACCUCUUGACUCAUCCAUACUUUACAUUAGUAUAAACGUCCACAGUUUACUGUUUCCUGCUCUCUUUCUCUCUCACACACACACAUACACAGACUCUUGUGUUCCAAUACUAUGCCCUCGUCCACUUCCGCUAAUCACUCUGAAGUGUGUAGGGCGCAGUGAGUGAUCUAGGGGUUAAUUUUGGUUCUCCUGUCAGCUGAUUCAGCUAACUAGCUAUCAUGUUUUAGUGCUAGCAGAGUCCUUUAUCUCACCUAGACUUGCUAGCCGAGCACCGCUCAUUUCAUCAUCUCGGUAAUCGCUUAGCUAAGUAGCUUGCACACGCUCUGCUAACAUGCUAGCAGAGCAUCUGGUAUAAUUUUGUUUUUUUUUUUUUUUUUUUUUUUUUGUUUUUUUUUUUGGGGGGCAUGCUUGCAGAGCAUGAGUCAUCCUGGAGAAACACCGAAUUGUUUAUUGGGCCUCGGAUGAUAAAUAGCCCUCUGAUGCUAGCUUAGCAGAGUAUGUUCAUGCUAAUACGGUAAUGGAACGGCACGUAUAGAGUGUGUGAGAGCAGGAACACAGUAAACUGAUGUGGAACCUUCAGAUUUGUCUGAUUUAAUCAAUCUGGUCUGAAUCAAAUGUGGAGGCACCUUAUUUUCAGGGUAAGAGGAUGGAGGUGGAGAGCCUGCAUCAUGUUCACACACACACACACACACACUGUUUUGGGGUUCCGUACUUAUACUGUCUGCUUUUUGCUUAUGAAAUGUCUAAGUGAUGAUGAAUAUGUGGCUGAUGUAAUAAAUGUAUUUAAUACA